GUGGCAUAUUGUGCUUAGUAGCAAAGAGGAAAGACUCGUUUCCUGACAUUACAACAAACCAUUGCCAACUCACAAUAAGCUGGAAUGACAACUUCACAAAAGCAUCAGCUUUUCUGUGCUGAGCCAAUGGGAGAAAAAUCUGUACGUACACUUCCUGGAAUUGGUCCUGUGCUGGGCGGGCGACUAGAGAAUAUCGGAAUAAGAAGAGCGAGGGACAUCCUGGGGCGUUUUCUGGUCUUGGAUAUGCACGAGUGGAUGUUUAAGAGCUGGCUUAGAGACUCGUGUGGAGCAAAUGCCAAACAGCAGAGAGACUGUUACAACUGCCUGAAAGAAUGGACAGAUAAUAAUUUAUAAUGAGAAUACUUGUGCACUAGUUGCAUCCAGGGCUGUAGCUAGUGGGGUGAAAGAAGACAAUCAACAAGAAAUGACAAAGUUUAUGUUUUAUUAUUGUAAAAUCAAUCCUGAUUAUCCCUAAUUAUUUUGCUGUCUAAAAUCUUGCAGGUGUUUCCUGUGGAAAUUUGGUAUCUCAUAUCUUGUGCAUCAGUUUCAUAUCAUGUUUUUUCCUCCCAUUUCUCCAUUUGUCAUAUUCGCCAAUUAAAACACAACCCAUACUCUGCCUACAUCCUGACACUAAGUCUAGAGUAAAUAAGAAUUUAGCAAAUGGAGAUCUUUGUAAAUACCAAAAUGUACUGCACCAAUGUCAUUUACAUGAACAGACGCAGCCUGAAGUAAUGGCUAUGUGAGCAGAAACAAUCAGUCUUCGCUCGAAAUAAGCAUGUAUAGUAUCCUACAAUGUUUAAACAACAGCUUGUGAAGACGUCUGAAAAUAUUAGAGGGCUCAAAGAUCUUUAUUGCAUUUUAUGUAUUAGUUUAUUACAUUUCGAUGUUUGUUCCUUUCAGAGAUCUUCGAAUGAAUCUGAAGCAAUGCUUCUGUGUAUUUGCUAAUUGACUAUGCCACUACCAUAAACAUUUUAUGAGUACAUUGGAACUGUUGAUGCAGAUUUUGGAAUACCCAACAAGAUACCUGUUCCACAAAUGUAACCUAUAAACAAUAUCUGAAAUGCCAACUGUCCACAGCAAUAUUUCAGUACUGUCUGAAGAUAUUACAAGCAUGCCAGGCGUAUAAAAUAAUGGUAUGAUAUGCAGAUUGCGCUGUAUACUUUGUUAAAAUAUCAAUUUUCAAUCAAAUUAAAAGGCGUCGUAGGGGUCAAUGCCAUAAAAACACAUACGCUUAUAUGAAAUAUGGGUAGUGUGCAGUUAUUAUAACAAUGUAUAGUAGAAUUACCACAAACCUCCAUACUAACACUUUUUACAAACCAUGAUGUAACAAAACUGAUCAAACAAUGAAGUUAUUAUCAGUAUAAUGUGUGGUGGCCCUGUAAAAGUAUUAUUAGGAUCUAUGAUGGCCUUAAAUAAACAUGUUGUCGAGUGAUUUAUAGGUGUGCAUAGUCAGUACUAAAUUGCACCAAGCUGUAUCAUUGGUUAUCAGCUCCUUUUAUAAUGUCUUAUGUUUGAAGACCAUUUAGAGACCUGCAACAACAGGUUAUGUAGUCACCAUUAGUUAUUACUCUUGUGGCGGGGGAGUUUUGUGAACAAUUUUCCUGUUUGCUACUGUUGCUGUUCAAAACCUGGUUAAUUUUGAACAUGUGUGCAAUCAAACAUGUGGUUGUUUGUGAGUGCAUGCAACAUUAAAUGAUCACACUACAGUCAAUUAAAAUCAUGAUUUUAAUGGGGUUUGUCUGUUUCUAUAGGCUGUGCUUUACUGUUACGGUACAUUGUGUAAUCUGUUGUAAUCUCAUUACAGCUUUGAAAACUUUUGAAAAA